AUGUCGGCUGAUCUUCGAACCCAGAUCCUCACCAACGCCAAGUUCAUCUAUGGCCCCAACAAGCAAUUCGAAGUAGUGACGGCCCUCGUCUUCCUCGGAACUUACGGAAACAUCAAGGCCUCCCAGGGAGUCCUAGUCGAGGUCAGCGAGGACGGAGCUUACAAGACCUACCUCGUCGGCGACCCUGCCGAGCACCUGGCUGAUGCCCUCGAGAGCCUCCACGGUGAGACGAGGAAGCAAAUUUACCAGAAGCUCUCUGAGACUUUGGAGGAGAAUGCCAUGAUCGAGUCUGGAGAGACUGUGCUUGAGGGAUCCCUCAACUGGUCUUAA